UUUGAUACGAGAAUUACGUUUCCGAUAAUUUUUCAAAGAUGGCGACCACUGGUACCAAUGAGACAACUUCAAGCAAAGGCAGUAUCCCAGAUACUGACAAAGACUUUGACCCAUCUGCAGACAUGCUUGUUCAUGACUAUGAUGACGAGGCUACACUGGAAGAAGAGGAAAACUUGAGUGGUGCUGAGAGUGUGACAGAGGAGCUCAAUGAUUUGGAACAAGAAGGGAACAUGCCUCUAGAGCAGCUGCUGGCGAGGUAUGGAGCACAGACAGCCGAGGAGGCCAGCAACAACUCUCUGGACUCCCAGGGACAGGACACACGGUCCAGCAGUGAGGAGGAGAUACUCAGUAACCAGGACCUGACAUUGGAUAAAGAACAGAUCGCACGUGACCUGCUGUCGGGGUCAGAUGAGAACGAGGAGGAGAAUGCAGAUGUGGAUGAACUACUGGAGACUGUUACCUCCUCACAGACUGCCAGGCUCCUCAGAUCCCACAGUCAGCCUGGCAGUGAAGACAGUGAUUCAGAGGAGGACCUGGACUAUAGACCUGAGGAAGAAUGGAAAAAGAUUGCAGUGAUGGAAAUCAGUACAAGAUACAAGCUAGCUAGCCCUACAGUGACGAUCUCAGUGGGGUCGGCCUACCAGGCCAGUGUACCAGAGGGUCUGUGCGUGUACGGGGAUGCUCCAGCUUAUGAGAACGAGGACAGGCUGCUAUGGGACCCCAGCAGAAUGAUUGACAGUGAAGUGGAAAAAUAUUUGGAAGAGAUUCACCUUCAGUGCCUGCAGACAGCCAUAGGGGUCCAUGCAGUGCCUACAGGGGCCCAUGUACGGGACGAUGAACAGGCUUUGUACCUGUUACUCCAAUGUGGUCACAACAAAGAAGAGGCACUUAGACGGAGGAAAAUGCAAGCAAUUCCUGCCACAGAUCCAAUGAGUCUGUGGUCUGAGGAGGAAUGCAGCAAUUUUGAGACCGGUCUCCGCUUCUAUGGGAAGGACUUCUACAUGAUACAUCAAAAUAAAGUGAAAACUCGCUCUGUUGGAGAGUUGGUUCAGUUUUAUUACCUCUGGAAGAAAACUGAGAGACAUGAUAUAUUUGCAAACAAGACACGGCUGGAGAAACGACGAUACACAUUGCAUCCUGGAGUAACGGAUUACAUGGAGCGUUUCCUAGAUGAGCAGGAAUCCUCGGCGCCAUCGUUACCCAACAGGGACCGGUCAGCCAGCCCCGUCCAUUCCCUGCUUUACGGGGACCCCAAACGUAACCACCUCAAGCCCCCUGCACAUCCGGACCCAGGGGCACGGGGCGACUCCGAGAAGGGGUCUGCAUUCCAACCCAUUCACCCCGGAGUUGACUUUAACACUGCCACCACCACCAUACCUUGUAUCAUGCCUGAGACACCUAUACACAAGGCUGCUGAGGUUGAGAACAUAGGUGCCAACAAUGGACUUCCAGAGAAUAGUUAUAUUCCACCUUUAAAGAAAUCAAGACUUGAUCAUUCUGUUGCAGAGCAUAGUGUUUGUGAGCUAGAUAAAACUGAUCUCAGUUUAAAGACUAAUUCCACUGAAGCACAUUUAAAGCUUAUAGACCCUAUUAAAAUUCUCUCUGUUGAAAGUCAACAGUCUAAACAUGUGGACCCUGGGGUCCUUCCUAUAUCUAGUGUGGGGCUAACUGGUGGUGAUCUUGCUCAAACAAGGAGUGCAGAAGUUUCCCAGUGACAUUCCAACCUUGUCCAAUCAAUUUAUUCAGGAAUUUGUGCUUUUCAUUGGAUAUCAAAAUAUUUUGUAUUAAGUUCUUGUGCAAUAUUUCAGAAUUAUAAUUUUAAGCUGUCAAAUGAGGUUAUUGAAAGACCUUCAGUCAUAAUGCUUUUUCUUGUUUGUACGGAAGUUGGUAUAAGGAAGUAAAUUUAAGCUUUAACCUUUGUUAAGGGUUAAAUGAAAAUGACACAUACAUGUAUGUGAGAGUGAUGGAAUGUUUUGUUAAAAUUUAUACUAAUAGUCUGUUCUCAAUUGUGUUCAUUUUCAUGUUGCCUUGAUAUUUUUAUAGUGAUAAUAGCAAAAAAGAAAAUCUAGUACUAUUUAGAUUUGUUACGUCGUUUUAGUAAAAAGAUCUGGCAUUGUUCGCUGUAAAGAGUAUGUAUGAGCCUUUCUCUGGAUAUACCAGACUUAAUGCUUGUGUGUAAAGUGUCGUCCCAGACUAGCCUGUGCAGUGUAAAGUGUCGUCCCAGACUAGCCUGUGCAAUACAAUAAGGCUAAUAUGUGACAACUCUUUCCGUCUAGAAUAUAUUUUCGCUCACAAGAGACUGUCUUUAAACUAAAAAUUCAGUAAAACUGGAAAGUGUCUUCCCUCAUUAGCCUGUGCAGACUGCAUGCGCUAAUCAUUGGAGAUACUUUUCGCACUUGCAUUUUGCCUGGUUUUCCAAUACAGCAGUAUUAUUUAGCUUAAAUUAAAUAAGAUGAAAAAUGGCAGUUUCCUAGUAAAAGUAGUUUGUUUAAUUCAUAAUUCAGUUUUUUUGUGAGUGACACAACACUUUGCUGUUACUUUAAUACACGAUGCUUUGCAAUUCUGCAUGUCUGGCCCAGUUUUAAAAAGUCCAGCUCUGAAAUGUUGGAAAUGAAAACAAUCGCAGCUUACAUGUUAUACAUGUUUUCAGUUGCAAAUGUUUUAUAUUAAUUUAAAGCCACACACCUUGAAAUAAAAUACAUGUUAAUCAAUACAUAAAGAUGCAAUUUGAAAGUGUACAAAUUGUCAUUAAAUCUAUAGCCUAGUAAGCAAGUAAUUUUUUUUUAGUUUUAAAACCAAAAGUAGAAUUUCUAUACGUAUACGUCCAUUUCGACAAACGUGAUUAUGUUUAAGUUUUAAAGCGCAAAAAAGACGGAUUUCUACCUUGUAACCACCAGAUAUAUUCUAAUUGGCACAGAUAAAAUUAAAUCUAUAGCCUAGUUAGCAAGUAAUUUUUUUUUUCAAACGGUACCGCUUUUUAAACCGAUGUUAGGAUUUCUAGACGUAUACGUCAAUUUCAACAAACAAGAUUAUUUUUUAAGUUGUAAAGCGCAAAAAAGACGGAUUUCUACCUUGUAACCACCAUAAGGUUUUGACUGUACAGUGUUUAUCUCGGAGUGUAACUGAAAAACAAAACUACAGUACUUGAAUAAACAUUGAAUAUGCCAAAUAUUGCAUCUGUUUAUAUAAAGAAGACAAAAUAACAAAUAAAAACAAAUUUAUUUGUUAAACCACUGAAUUAUUUAAGCCUGAUAAAUUCACAAUUUUUUCCCAAUGAGCAGUUUCUUCGAAGCAAAAAUUCCCAAAAUGGCCAAUUUUGUCGAUAAAAAAUUCCCAAUUUGGUCAGACUCUUUCCCAAAAUAGGCAGAAAAACCCCUGAUUCUAAUUGGCAUAGAUAAAAUAUGUUUCUUAUUUAUACGUAAAUUUACUUUCAUUUCAAUGUGUAUGGCUUUAAGGACAAAGAACUAGAUAUUAGUUUUUCUUAUGGCCGGGGACAAAAUCUGUAUCUUCUCUUAAUAACAAAUACCAUAGUAACAAAAUUAAAAAUAAAUAUAUAAUGUAACUAUUGUUUUUGUUUAAAUCGGGUCGUAUAUGGAAUUUACAAAUAGUCAAAUUCUUACUGACAUUAAAAAACAAAAUCUUGCAAAUUCAAAAUUUAUUAGAGUGAGAUUUUCUUAUAUAUGUUGACAGUUUAAGAAAAAUAAGAUUACUAUUUCUCAUUGACAAUUUUGAAGCAUAAGGGUUCAAAGAAGUGAAAUGUAAGGCUAUUUUCAAUUUUGGAAUAUCUUGAGAAUACAUGUAAAUGUAGGUCUGACAACUUUUUAGAUGCUACUAAUGAUUUAUAGAACAAUGGGUUUGAGAUGUAAAGAUUGGUAAGUGUUGGAAUACUAUUUUGCUUGCAGUUCUAUGCAAGCUGUUAAUAAUUGUUUAUUCAUACUUUUUAAUCUUUUCACAAUAACUAUGAAAGCAGUUUUCUAAAGGUGCUUAGUGGAAGUUGUAGUUAAUGAUUACACAUAAUAUGCAAUAUAACAUUGUUAACAUGAAUGAGUUUGUGGAUUUUAUAAGACUAAUGAUAUGAGAGUGUACAAUGAUUGUUUUGUUUUUGUUACUUUUCCAUCAGUUGUUUUGUACGGAUGUCGAUCGUAUCUCAUUUAUUUAUUGUGUACAUAUUACAGAUUUUGUAGAUUAUAAUACAGAAAUAUGAUGUUA